GCCAUCUGUGCCAAACUCCAGCAAAAUAACAUCAUGACAGUAGCGAGGCGUAGUGUUGAUGGACAGGAACUUCUGUAUCACUCUAUCAAGUAUACGAACAACAUCUUCGUGCUAAGUGAGCUGAAAAUCCAUCAGGCAUCCACGGUGCUUACGCUGUCGUUGAAGUCUCGACAUGUUCAAGCAGUAGCCAAUAUGAACGAUAUGUUCCAACUUAUCCUGAGUAACUAG